AUGGAUUCAUUGAAUUUACCAAUCAACCCAACCAACCCUCGACAAGCGAAGGAACUCACCCGUCCAGACUCAAUUUUAUUGCCUAAGAACUUGAAGGAUCAAGUCAAGGAGGAAAGCAAUUUCGCAAGCUUCAAGGAAUCAACUGGCGAUGAUGGUGAAUACAAGGAGAUUGAUGUGAAGAAUGACAUUGACGAACCCACACAAGGAGACGAUGAUGGUGGAAUAUCUGGUAUCGUGCCAACGUUACAGAAUAUUGUUGCCACAGUUAACUUGGAUUGUCGAUUGGAUUUGAAAACAAUUGCAUUGCAUGCCCGUAAUGCCGAAUAUAAUCCCAAGCGUUUUGCUGCUGUGAUUAUGAGAAUCAGAGAUCCUAAGACAACAGCAUUAAUUUUUGCCAGUGGUAAGAUGGUUGUCACUGGUGCCAAGCUGGAAGACGAUUCCAAAUUGGCUUCAAGAAAGUAUGCUCGUAUUAUUCAAAAAUUGGGUUUCAAUGCCAAGUUCACAGAUUUUAAGAUUCAGAACAUUGUUGGUUCAUGUGAUGUCAAAUUUCCUAUCCGUUUAGAAGGUUUAGCAUUUAGCCAUGGUAAUUUCUCUUCGUAUGAACCUGAAUUGUUCCCUGGUUUGAUUUAUAGAAUGGUGAAACCAAAGAUUGUGUUAUUGAUUUUUGUUUCCGGAAAGAUUGUGUUAACUGGUGCCAAACAACGUGAAGAGAUUUAUGCAGCGUUUGAAGCCAUUUACCCUGUGUUGAGUGAAUUCCGUAAAUCUUAA